UGUGUCACCAACGCUUUCCUCUCUUCUCCACACUGCACCAUCAACCUCUAACGACGUCGAGGGACCAUAGGGGGGCACACAGCGACGCAGGGGAACUGAAAUGUAAACGGGCAACGAUUGAUCAUAGCCUUGGACUUGUCAGCCUUUCAUUUCCAGCCGAGUCGCCGUGAGACAGCAGAAACAUAUGGCUCCCUGAAAUAGCUGCUGCGGACCAUAUUGAACUGCAAUUGAUUCACGCCAGAGGGUCAAUAGUGUUAUACGAUAAAAGCCGGAAAGCUUCCACUCGUGACUAUAGUUUCUAUGAAAUAUAUGUUAUUUUUAUACCGGUGUUUUUGUGCUUUCGUUUUUGUACGCUUUCGGUGAUCCCGCGCAGCUCCCCUUUCUAACACCCAUCAUAACAAGACUCGGUUUAGCGGGUUGCUUGCUCGGCGAUAAAUUAAAUUAGAUGAAUAAUUCACUACGAGGAUAGAGGAGUGCGCCGUUUAGCCCAGUCACUCUUCACCGGCGCCCGUUCGUCCCAGUUUGCCUCGGGAUUGGGUCUCUUCGCCACCGGGAGUUCCCCUACCUCGGCUCGGUCUCGUCGUUGUUCUUCCCGGUGACCUACAGAAGAGCGAGCUCGCGCUCUUCGCUAACAGAUCAUGUCAGCGGAAUCGGUGUUGAUCCCGGACGACCGGGCAUUCAGCAACUUCAAGGAGGAGUGCGGGAGCGAGGAGGGCUGGAGUCUGACCUACAACAAGACUGGCAUGACCGUGUGGACCCAGACUAUUGGAGGAGACGAGGAGAAGUCACUCCACAAGAUCAAGUGUCGGAUGGCGUGUAAGGACGUGCCAGCUGAGACCAUGUAUGAUGUUCUCCAUGACAUCGAGUACCGGAGGAAAUGGGACGCAAACGUCAUCGAAACCUUCGAUAUCGGAAAACUCACUGUUAACGCAGACGUGGGCUACUACUCCUGGAAGUGUCCCAAGCCGCUGAGGAACCGUGACGUCAUCACGCUGCGCUCCUGGCUGCCCAUGGGCAGUGAUUACAUCAUCAUGAACUACUCUGUCAAACAUGCCAAAUACCCCCCUAAGAAGGACAUGGUACGAGCAGUGUCCAUCCAGACUGGCUACCUGAUCCAGAGCCAUGGACCGAACCACUGCACUCUUACCUACCUGGCACAUGUGGAUCCAAAAGGUUCACUACCCAAGUGGGUUGUUAACAAGUCUUCCCACUUUCUGGCUCCCAAAGCGAUGAAGAAGAUCAGUAAGGCGUGUCUAAAGUACGGAGAGUGGAAGCAGAGACACAACCCAGGCUUUAAGCCCUGGCUCUACCCUGAGCAGACUACACUUCCCACAAUCCCUGUGUCCGAGCUUAGCAUCCAGCACGCAGACAGCCUGGAGAACAUUGACGAGAGUACACUCAGCGAGAUGCAAACGCGAGAGGAGAGAGACAGCGACUAACAUCACACACAUAACACACACUUUGUUUUCCCUCUCCAGUCAGUCUCUUUGUCCUGAAUCACUGCCCCUAUUGUCCAUUAUAACAUGUGUCUCUGGAUCACAUUGGCUGUAUUCUGUAAAGAAUCCUGAACACACACACCGGUCCGCUCUCUGUUCCUCAACACUACAGAUGUAUGAAUGUAUGUAGAGUUCAAUCUUAAAUACAGAUUCCUACAAAGGUUUUCAUAUUUCA